GACGUGAUGAUUUUUAUCUUUGAAGAGAACACGAAAUAUCACACGAUGAUGCGCCUUCAGUUCUCUUACGGGGAAUGCGAAAGCUCCUCGCGUAGAAUGCCGAAAUUUGUUGCUGCUAGUGUGUCCGGCGUUCGCAUGCUGCGGAUUCUUCUCCUAGUUUUAUGGAUCCUGGAAUCCUUGAGCACAGCAAAAUCUAAUUUCAUCCACCACGAGCCAGGCGGGUUACAUACCCUCGAGCGUUUCUCAACCUGCUUGUGUCUUCACAAAACGUGAUUGCAUUGAUUUUAGUGCCUUGAUGCUGAGAAAGAAAUCGCAGGUGGUGGGGAACCAUCUAGCAGGCACAUCUCGGAGGCACAAGCCGUCCACGCGUUACAGCGUAUAACGGCGACGUUUGAGGCCCGAACGGGCGCAACUAGUGUGCCUCAUUGGUGUAAUCUUACAGUGUAUGGGUC